AUGAUCCAGGAAGAGCUCUCAGCUGAGCCUCUAGGGCCUUGGAGCGAGAGUAGUAGUGCUCUUCCAUUGGCAACUAAUAUGACAUAUUCACUUCUAGAUACAGGAACAAAGCUCCCAAGUCAGCAUUCAGUGUUGUCUAAAGCCACAGUGACACACGUGGAUCUGGAGCUUACUACAACCGCAAAGCCCACCCUUGAGAGUGAGCCUUCUGUCACCUAUCAGGAAGAUCGGCUUAAAGUUCCUACUGAACUUUCUCUUGCCCAAAUUGGCCCCUCUUUCCAGCAUGCAGAGUUCUCUGAAAAAUCUAAGUCUUCUCCGGCUCAGCAAGUAGUCAAAGCACAGACUCCGGAUGCUCCAAAAGAGUUCAUUUCUGCUGCAUCACAGCACGAAGUCCUGCGUCUGCCACUAGACUUCUCCAAGAAGGCCAAGCCUCUGCUUCCCAAGAAAUCAUCUCCAGUGUGGCAGCCAAACCCCACUCAGGCUCAAGAAUCUCCUCAGGAAGAUAUACCUGAGCUCUUAGUGCCACAUGAAAGGACACUUCCAAGGGCAAGGCAGGACCCUGUUCAGCAUCCAACAUCACCCAGUGUCAUACUACAAGCACUGACCACAGAGUUCACUGUAAGUCCUAAACCCACUACAGAGAGUAAAUACUCUACGACUGUGCAGAGCACUACAACUGUUCCUCAGAAGCACCCUGAGGUGACACCUGCACAACCAGACCUAGUGGUGUCCAAAUUGGUACCCACAUUGGUAUCCAAAUCUGACUCCUGUCAUGGCUCACUCUUUGCCUCUGGAUCAUUCCAUGGCUUCUCUGGCUACUUCAGAGGAUACAGUUUACCCAGUUAUAGCAGAGACACCAUAUCAAUCUCGAGAGCCAUCUCUGGAGCCUAUAGUUCAACAUAUACUGUCACUUGGGAUGACAAAUCCAAUCCCAGAAAUCUUCAUUGCAAUUUACUAAUAGAACUGGAUUUUGGAACAUUUCAAACAUGGCAUGGAAUGCAGUUUUUACACCACGUAAUUCUCAAUCAUAAUCCUGUCAGCAUUGAGGAUUCAUCUCUUUUUCAAUUACCAGCAUUAAAAUAUUUAGACUUGGGACAAACACACGUCCCACUUAUAGCGCUUGAGAAUAUAAUCACAAUGGCUCUAGGACUGAAAAAACUGAUCUUACCGAGCCAUAUGGUCUGCUGCCUCUGCCAGUUUAAAAAUGAUAUUGAGGUUGUCGGCAAGACAGUCACACUGCAUUGUGACAGCACAUGUGUGGUUAACGCGACUCAGUGUGUGGGACAAGCCCUCAUAGGGAACCUUGAAGAAGCCUUGAUGAAGGUGUUACAAGCCCGGAAGAUGAGCACCAACACUAUGCUGACUAUCAAGCCAGAAGAGGCAUCUUCAAAAAAGAGUGGUUUGCACUUGUCAGGCCUUGGAAGUGAUCAGUUUGAGAUUUACAUAAAUCAGCAACUCUGGCCCCUCAUCCCCAACAAUGACAUCAGAAGGCUGAUUUCUCGUGUUAUCAGGAGUUUAAAGAUGGACUGCUCUGAGACCCAAGUGCAGUUGGCCUGUGCCAAGCUCAUCUCCAAGACAGGCCUCCUGUUGAAGCUGUUCAGUGAGCAGCAAAAAGCCAAGGUGUCCAAGGCCCAGUGGGAUGUGGAGCACUGGAAAAAUGAGAAUUACAUCAUUGAGAGCACAGAAGACCAGAAUGAAGAGAAGGAGCAGCAGUCAAGGGAGCUCACAGUAGAAGUUCCAGGAUUCGACUAUAAGAACAAACUGAUCUUGACCGUAUCUGUGAUGGGAAUAGGGAUCAUUUUGUUGAUAAUUUUCUGUCUCAUUGAGAUUUAUUCCCAAAAACGGGCUUCAGAGGAAAAUGAAGAAGAGUCCUCAAGGGACCUUUCCCAACGUUGGCAUGGGAGAUGCAAAAUGGAACAGGAAAAGGAGAAGGCCGUGAGUGGGGUUGUUUGCCCACUGUGGCUUAAGGAUAUGUACAGACCUAUCAGUGCCUCACACAUGAAACAAGUGUCGGCCAAGUUGCAUGGGAAGGAUUCCUUUGAUGAGGGUGAGAUUUUCACAAAGCAUGCAGGGGAGCUCCAUGGAGUCACCACAGAGGCAGCGCCCACAGUGCCGGCCAUCAAGAAUGAGGAAAGUGGGCUCAAGAAGGUGCCCUUGGAGUGA